ACCAAGGUCAGCCGGUAUCCGUCCUACUUUAUCUUUACUGCAAAAUAUUUAAACAAAAAACACUCUCGAGUUUUUAAUGACACCACAAGAACAGUUUAUGUAGUGAUUAUGUUCACGUCAGCUAUGUGAUGUUUUCUUACACCACAGACAUGAUUUUCUGUACUGAUGACCUUGGGACUCGAUAAUGGUUUGAGUCUAUCGCGUCAUCAGUUUACAACAUGUGUUCAUAUAGCUCUUGAUGCAUUAACAGCUAUGAAAUAGCUUCACUAUGGAUAUUAAAAUUUCGAGGAAAAUCCAUGAUAAUGAAUCAUAUAUGGUAUUGUGAAUACUGUUCCCCAUCGAGUUCGCAUGAUGCCAAAUAUCGUUUUGCCACACAGAGAGAAUUUGUUAGCCACAUACAAGAAUGCCAUUUGGUCCAUAAAACUGAAAACAAUGUAGAGGCCUUCAUUUGUCGAUAUGGUCCGGAUAAUUCAUGUCUUUUCCAAUCAGAAUUUUCCAAUGGUGUUGGGGUGAGCAGCAGUUGUUCAUCUCGUGGUACUCUGUUCACAAGUCAACAUGACUACGAAAAGCAUCUAGUAGGAUUUCAUCUUUUAAGGCAUCCUGUAUAUAAACAUUUCGGUUCAAAAUCACUUCAGUCUGAGCAUCAUGUUACCACUCCCCAGUGUAAAGACAAACCAUCUCGUAAAUGGAGUGUAUAUAAAUCAGUUGUGAAUUUACCAGCUGUUCUGAAUGAUCCAAAUUAUCGUGAGGUAGAUAUAUUUACAAGAAUAUGGGGUGAUAAAUUUGAGAAUGCUGAAGUUCUGCCUUGUCCUCAUUUACCUGUGAUAACAGAGAAACACUUUGAAGACUACCUUUCUAAACUUGGAGUUUGUAAAGUUGAUACAAAUUCAAAAAUAUCAACACCAAGGUGUCAGAAUCAUUCCUUAAGACAUUCACACAAUGGCAUUUCUACAUCAUCCAACUCUCCGUCGUAUUCUUCGUCCUCUGCAUCCUCUUUAUUGCAGUUGACUAAUAUAGGAGUUUCUGGCAAUGAAAAACCGUUGCCGCAUAGUUCUAUUUCAUCCAUACCUGAUUUAUAUUUUGAUAAAAGCUUCAAUUUAAAAGAUGAAAAAACAUUUUGUCAGGUUAUACCAUUGCUUCCACGUCGUUCGCAUCGUGGUGAUAAUAUUCAAGAUUCAGUUACUGCAACAAACUCCUCGUGUACUUUGAAACAAUUGAAGGAUCCAAGAGACGAAGAAUUUCGUCAAAGGGAAGCUUUUCGUCAUCAGCACGAUCAAUUGGUCAAUUAUUUAGAUAUUGUGGAAUCGAAUAUAGCUGAACAGGUUUCGAAAAAAUCAUCAACAUUUUUUGAAGCAAUACAAUCUCAUGAUGUUAUACGUGAAGAUUUACGUCAAGUUAUUCAUCAGAUCAAGGAUGUGCGACAUAAAUUACAUCAAAUCGAUGUUAUGAAUACUAGUGAUAAACUUAAGUUAUUGCGUGUCGUUCGAAGACGUGAAAACUAUCGACUGUUAGUGGAUAAGUUAAAAUUAAUAGCCAGUCUUCAAGCUGCUCAGCCAACUAUCCAAACUUUACUGAGAAAUAAUGAUUUUUGUGCUGCAUUGGAUUUGGUUAGCACAACAAAAGAAUUACUUCACACGCAUUUAAUGAUGGAUACAUCGAAUAACACAAAGCAAAUGGUUAACAAGAAUACACCUUCAGACGGUGUAACAAAUAGAUUGAAUAGUAAAACAUCAAAUACACUUAUUUGUUUACGGGAUUUCAAUGCUCAAUUAAAUGGUAUAUCAAAUUUUGUGCAUAAAAUGGUGGAAUCCGAAUUUGAAAUGGCAUUAUGUCGGUUUUUAGAUCCGCCUAUUGAAGAGUAUAGUGGAUAUAAUGAACCCGAUAUUUUAUCCUGUUUCCUUGGAUUAAUACGCAUUGAUCGACUGGAUUUUGUAAGAUUUUUCCAUGCGGAGAUGCUGAAAAGAGUUAAGGAUAUAUCAUUUCAACAUAUCUCAUCAGUAACACGAACUCCUGGAAGUAGUGAUCCCAGUACAGAUUCAUCUACAGCCCAACAGAGUUCCAUGACACUACGAAUUAGUGAUCAAUUACGUAAUCUUUCCUUCGAAGAAUGGAUGAAAUUCUUAGUGAAUUUAUGCAAUGAUCUCAAGUACUUGUUGAUUCGUGGUCAGGAUGUUGUAGAUAUAUUUGAAAAGAAUCUAUGCUGUAAUCAACGGAAUAAAUCUGUCGAAAAUGGUGUUAUAAAUAAUAACAAUAAUAAUAAUUCCCCGACUGUUUCUACUCCUCCUCCCCCUCCUGCUUCUCCUUCUUCAACAUCACAUCAAUCAACGCAUACAAUCAGUGUCAAUAAAGCUAAAGAAUUAGCCAAGUGUAUGCAUGAAACACUUUGGGAUACAGCGAAUACAUCUCAAAGACGUUUAACAUCUCUUGUCUCAUCUAGAUUCCGUUUAGGUUCCAGUAAUCCAGUGGAGUCAAGAUUAACGACGACAACAACAACCACAACUCCAGCAGCAGCAGCAUCAACAACUACAACAACAAAUAAUGUAUCAGUUGCCUCAUCCGGGAAUUCACCUAAUCCACAAAAACGUUUAUCAACGACAACAAUGAUUACAUCAGCAUCAGUGGAUAUUGGAUCUACAACAGUCUUUGGGGAAUAUGCUUUUGACCAGGUUAAAUGGAGUGAUUUUCGAGAAUUAGUCAAAUUACUAAGUACAUUUCAGGUGUAUGUUCUACGAGCCUGGUUAAAAUUCUCUGACAUUCCUGUUGAAACAAUCAUUAGUCCUCAAUUGGAGAAUGCAAAAAAUUCUUUACAACAUUCAGGUACUUUUUUAUCAUCCGUUAAAAACUGUGAUCCCAAUGUUGCUACCCAAAAGUCAUUUGUUCGAUCUAAUCGUGGAGAUAUAAAUAAAUCCAACGUCACUACUACCAAUGGAUACACUUCAAAUGAUCAAUACAUAUCAUCAAGUCUUCAAUCAGAUCUAGUAUUACGUAACCUGGUAGUCAAUAUGAUUAAAUUAAUCAUUGAUUGUUUUCAUCGUGAAAAAUGUGAAAAAUUGAAUAAUUUAUUAGAUCAAGAAAGAUGGCAAGCAGCUACAUGUCCAGAACAAGUUCAACAAAUAAUUGAUGAUUUAUUAUGUGAAACAGAAGAAAAUAAAGCAAAAUUACAGAAUGAAACAGUUAGAACACAGAAUCAUAUUUUUAUAAAUGGUGAACAAUAUAUUAUUGUUGGUACUGUUGUUCUCUUAUUGCCUAUGAUUAAUGCAUAUAUUAAAUUGGAUGAGAAAUUACCGUGUCAACCAUUGGCUACAGAAUUUGUUUUAGAUCGUCUAACUGAUCUACUCAAUCAAUUCAAUUCGCGUACUUGCCAACUUGUACUCGGUGCUGAAGCAUGUGAAAAAGUUGAUCUUCAAAGGAUAUCAGCUAAAAAUCUUGCCUUAACUUUACGUAGUCUACAGUUGAUUAUCAACUUUCUACCGUGUAUCCGAUUAUCAUUAGAAAGAAUUUCAAAACUCGAUUUCAGGAAGAUAUCAGUAAAUGAAGAUAAUUUUCUUCUGACUUCUUUAUAUCAAGGCAAUCAAGGAUUGAGUCGUAAUACAGUGAAUGGUCUUGAUCAUAUUGAAAUACUCUUGAAAGAGCAUAUUGAAAAUUUACUACAGAAGUUAGUUGAACUGUUAUCUGAUCCAAUCGGUCCAACUUUAUCGACAUGGUAUGGUCGACCUCCGAUACCAAGUAAAGAAAUGAAUGAAAUAUGUCGUAAUUUAUCUAAAUUAACUGGUAUGACUGGUCAUGUUUUACCGGCGAAAAUACUCACUUCGAUUCUGUUACGCGUGCAUAAUGAGUUAAAAGUUCACUUACGUCAUCGUAUCAGUGAACUUGGCAUAAUUGCUGAUGGUGGACCUCAACAAAGCCUAGUUGAUUCAGAGAUGCUUCACUACAUUGAUCAUUUACAAUCGCUUACACCACAGUUGAAUAAAUUUGUGGAUGAUUGUUCUGAUAUUUGGCCUUCAUAUGGUGAGUGAUUAUUGGCA